UUCCGAGCGCUGUCCUCCCCGCGGCCGGGACAAAGGCGGCGCCACCAUGGCCCUCAGCGCGGCGCUCGGCCGGGGCGACCGGGGCUCGGGCAACAAGGACCUGGAAUCCCUCGACACCUACAUACAGAACACGCUCUCUGCCCUCUACCCACCUUCUGAGGCCACGGCAGCCACAGUGCUCUGGCAGCUGCUCAGCGUGGCCGAGAAGCUCUACAGUGGGGAUGGGCUGCGCUGCCUCCUGGACUUCCUCAUCCCAGCCAAGAGGGCCCUGCAGCACCUGCAGCGGGAGGCCCGUGCCAGGUACGCAGGCCUCCUCUUCCUGCACGAAGGGUGGCCGCUGUGCAUCCACGAGAAGGUGGUGGUGCAGCUGGCGCCCCUGCGCGGAGUCAGGCUCAGGCCUGGGGACUUCUACCUGCAGAUCACUGUGGCGGCGGGGAGGCAGCCCGCCAGACUGGUCUUGAAACGCCUUUCCCGGCUUGGACAAGGCUCGGAGGAAGUCAUUGUCCCUGAGACCAUGUACGGCUGUGUCUUCACGGGAGAGUUCCUGGAACUGGUGAACGGGGAGCAGAACGGUGUCCCCUUGCAAAACUGCUUGCUGACCUUGGGCUCGGUGGUCUACCGCACCCCCUGGAACAACGUCACAGACCCUGUCUUUGUCCCCACCACCGGAACCAACCUGCCCAGCUGCCCCAGCGGUCCUGGUCCUCAGCAGCCACCACCCGACAGCACCUCGGAGGCUCCAGCCCCGGCGCCAACCGUGGCCAGCCCCGCUCCCCAGGGAGGCACACCUUCCAAGCACACCCCAACCCUGCCCCACUGCGGUGGGCAUCCCAACAGUAACCAGCCCCGCCGUCUUCCUUCCCCAAGAAGGGCUGAGUGCGAAAGCCCCGGGACCCUGUCCGGGAGUCCCAGUGGAGGCCUCAGGGGUGUUGGCCCCUCAGAGCAGGACCCCUGGGAGUGUCCUGAGAGCCCUGAAGGACCAGGAGGGAGGCUGGACCCCAUGGACAAGAAGGACGGCUCCAAGGCCCUCGCCUUCCACGCAGAGGGGGGCAGCCCGAGCUCUAGGAGGCGGCCGCCCAGAACCCCAGCCAGUGUGGAGGCCAGACGCUGGUUCAGGAAGUCCUACAUGGAGGCCCUGCAGAACCCUAUGCCCCUGGGCUCCAGCUCUGAGGAAUCCAUCGGGGAUGAGGCCUGUGGCUCCCAGACCCACGGCCGCAGGGCCAGGGGGGCCGGGGCAGUGGCCAGUCUUACCCAGAAAGAGAUCCCUGGCCCUGCGGGAGACCCCCAGGAGAUCCCGAGACAAGAGAAUGGUCCAGGAGCUGCAGGGAGGACCCUUCCCAGGAGGUCUCGAUCCUGGGAUAGGUCCCUCAGAAGCUCCCGAGGUGACACCUGGCGGGCCUCCCAGCACUUAGCCAGCACCAGGCCUGGGGGUCUCCUGGGAGGACAAGCUGUGGGGACCAGAACCACAGGCUCCAGCUGUCCAGGCACAGUGGAGAGUCCCAGCUGCACAGGAGAGGAAGCUGAUGUCUCUGCAGAGGGCAGCAGCUUCCGAGGAAGCAGCCCCAGCCGGUGUUCGGACCUGCUUGCUGAGCCGCUGUGCCCCGAGGGUGAAGCGUGGGCACCUGGCACAGGAGACCUGCCCAGCCGGGCGCCCAGGCAGGAGCUGGAACUCAACCAGGAGCUGCUGCAGUCCGGGGCGGUCACCCUCCCAGGAACCCGAGACCGUCAGGGAAGAGCGGUGGUGCAGGUCUGUACAAGGGGCCCACUCUGGUCCAGCGAACACAUGUCCAGUGCCGAGCUAACCCGUCUGCUGAAGUACCUCCACACCAUCCCCAGGAAAGAGGUGCGGGAGCUGGGGCUGGUCAUCCUGGUGGACGCACGCAAGAGCCUGGCCGCCCCCGCCCUCUCCCAGGCCCUGGCAGCCCUGCAGAACACAUCUCCUCCCUUAAUUCAUAGUAUUUUGCUGCUGGUGGAUAAAGAAUCAGCAUUUAGGCCUGACAAGGAUGCAACAAUUCAGUGUGAGCUGGUGGGUUCCCUGAAGGCCCUGCACAAAUUUGUCGACAGCUCCCAGCUGACUGCAGACCUCGAGGGCUCCUUUCCCUACAGCCACAGUGCCUGGAUCUGCUUCCGUCGGAAGCUGGAGCCCUUCACCUCAAACUGCGAGGAAGCCAUUGUUUUCCUACAAAAUUCAGUCCACUCCCUGAACACCCACAGGACCCCAAGCACAGCACAGGAGGUCGCAGAGUUGAUCGGCAAGCACAGGGCGAUGAUGAAGCAUGUCCUGGAAGACGCGCGGCUGGUGGCCCUCCGGCUGGAAGGCGGCACCGUGCUGGCACGGCUGAGGAGGGAGGAGCACGGCGCCGGCCAAGACUACCAGGACACCAUCGAGGCUGCCUGCAGGCUGUACGACCAAGUAGACGAAGAGGUCCACAGGCUGGUCCUCGCCUCCAACAGGUGUCUGCAGGCACUGGAGGAGCUCCAGGAGCGAGGACACCAGUCAGGGCUCCAGGGGGGAGGUGACCAGAUCACAUCGUGGUUUGAAAAAGAAAGAGAGAAAUUCCUCGGGCCUUUGGAGCUGCUGUCUCUGGGGAAUGCAAAGCAGUGGCAGGCGUCCCAGGCUCUCCCGGACAGGCUGACGCAAUAUCGUCCGAAAGGGCUACGGCUGAUGGAAGAGGACUUGCAAGGUGCAGAGGAAGGGACCCAGGACUUCAGAAGGAGUCUGAGCGCCAAGGCCGGCCUGGCUGAGCGGAGGGAGGGCGAGCUGGCCAGGCAGGCCCUCGGGUCCGAGUUCUGCGAGACGGAGGAGCAGCUUGGCAGCAACGCGCUGUACAGCAAGAACAAGCCCGGGCGGACGCCCUGCUCUGCAGCCACGGCAACGCCUUCUUCAAGGCCGUCGUCCCGCCCGUGAGCCUUGCUGCCUGGCCUGGCCUGGCCCGGGCUGACCCUAUCGCCCGGCCUUGCAGAACAAGCAGCAGGAGCUGGGUGACAAGAUGGACCUGGCCUCCUACUUGCUGAAGCCCGUGCAGCGCGUGGGCAAGUACGCACUGCUGCUCCGGGCCCUGGUCCAGGAGGCUGGCGGCUGCCCCACCCGUGAGCAGGCGCUGGGCGAGCUGAGGGCCAUAGGACAGGCCUGCGGGGAGGCGCCCACACUUGAGACCCCCCAGACCCCCGCCCAGGGGGAAGGGAACGCCCGGGAGAGGCUGCUGGGGCGGGAGCCACGGGAGGAGAGGCAGGCGGGCUCUCAAUGUUAAACGUCGGUGUUUGGGGCUACUCUGAAAUAACUGGAUAUGGGAAAAACUGAGCUUGGCCUUAGGCUGUGGGCCUGAGCCUACCGAUUCGCCCCCUGUGGGGGCCAUGGUGGGGCCAGUGCCCAGGGCCAGGAGGAAGAGCGGACCUCCCGGUCAGGCAGGACCGCCCCGAAUUCCCCGUCCCAAGUGAAGACGCGGUCGCCUUGUUAGAGCAGCGUUAGUAAGAGUUCCAAGACGACAGAUCGGCCCCAGGCGGCCACCGCAGACCCAAAGGCCCCCGAGCCCUCUGUCCAGUGAGCUCAGCCCAGCGAUUUGGGACAGCCCAGGCGUCACCCAGGACAGGGCCGUCCACGGGAGGCAGGGGGGCACCUCCCAUGAAGGGGCGGCCUGGCUGGGCGCAGUUGACCCUCACACAGCCGUCGCCUUGUGGAGGCUUCGUUACAGGGGCGCGAGGGCAGGGCUGGGAUCAGGUCAUGCCCCGUCCCCCUGAGAGAGGCCGGCCUGCCUGCAGGUGGAUCUGAAGGAACAGGGGCGGCUGAUAUGCCAGGACGAGUUCCUCGUUUGCUGCCGAGGGAAGAAGCACCUGAGGCGUGUGUUCCUGUUUGAAGACCUCAUCCUGUUCAGCAAGACCCAGAA